AUGAAGGACAAUGAAGAUUCACUGGGUUUGCUGCAGCCGAGGAGCGCUGCACAGAAGGAGCAGCAGAAUGCUGCUGCAGGGACAGCAGCAGAGGCAGCAACAGCAGACAGAGCAGCUUUCCCUUUGUGGGGUUUAGAUACGGAUGUACUAAAGCAGCCGGAAGCGCAGCAGCAGCAGCAGCAACGAGGAGUGAGUCAGGACGUUAGUGAAGAAUGCGGGUUGCUGCAGCAGCAGCAGAAAGAGCAGCAGCAGACCUCCCGUUUGCUGCUGCACUCCUAUAUGCUGCCCGCUGGUAGGGGGAAGCUAGAGAGUCCAGUGCAGCGGCAGCAGCAGCAGCAGCUCCUGCACCAGCAGCAGCAGGAACAGCAGCAGCAGCAGGCAGAUACGUGGGAUCGCGAGCCACAUUUUUGGCUUCCAUUUCGUGACCGCAGCAGCAGCAGCAGCAGCAGCAGCUGGCAGCAGCAGCAUCAGCAUGGUGUUCGGCGGCAGCUGCAGUGGUUGCUGCGGUGUCUUGCUGCUUCUCCCUGUUUUCUGCUGCAGCAGCUGCUGCAGCAUUUAGUAUUUCUGGUGCAGCUACUGAGGCUGGCAGCAGCCCAAGCAGCAAAACUAGAAAUAUGGAUUCUUGCUGCUGCAACAGGCGUAGCAACAGCAGCAGCUGCGGUGUACAUACAGCUCAGCUCCGAGGUCAUAGCGGAUAUUCGCGGCGGCGUUUGUCGCGAUUCUGUCUUCAAGUCCCAGACGAUGUGCCUGUCUGGUGUACCCAAGGGCUUCGCUGGGGAGAGCCCCUGGUACUCCUGGGCGUCUUUGUUGGGGGUCGAGGGCCGUGCAGGGGACAUCAUUAAUUUUUGUGGUUUUUUCGCUGUCUCCGUUUCUAUGGCGACUGCUGCAGCAGCAGCCGUAUGUGCAUUUGCACCGCAAGCAGCAGGUUCUGGUAUAGCGGACGCGAAGGUGUUUAUGAGUGGCCUGCGUGACAGCAGUUUUCUGUCUCCUCGGGUUUUGCUUGUGAAGCUGCUGACUCUGUCUUUGGCUGUAGGCAGCGGUCUCUCCCUGGGCAAGGAGGGGCCCAUGGUGCACAUCAGCUGCUGCUUGGGGUUUCUGCUGCUGUCUGUCUCCCGCCGUGCUGCAGUUGCACUCCCUCGGGUGUACAGACACAUCAAACGCCGCGCUGCUGCACUCGGAACGGCAGCUGCAGCAGGCAUUCGGCUGUAUGUACACCUCACUCCCAGGGAGACCUCCACAAUACCAACAGAAGAAGAAGCAGCAGCACCUCCAGAGACACCCAAACUCCAUCCGCUGUCUGUACACCCCAGAGGCCCCCUUCAGGGGCGCCCAGUCAAACAACGAGAACAGGAUGAGCCCCUCAACGCAAUCCUCCUCGCCGCAUGCGCAGCAGAGAAUUUAUUUUCGCGCUGCAGCGCAGACGCCUCCGCCGACCCCUUGAACAUGUGUGUCCGCACCAGCAGCAGCAGCAGCAGCAGCAGCAGCAGCAGCAGCAUUCAGGGCCCCGCCCCCUCCGACGCGUACAGAGUAGACGGCAGCUUAGCAUUGGAACUCUGCUGUGUUUUGUUCUUUAAGACGAUUCUAACGGUCUUCUCCUUUGGCCUGAUGAUGCCAGCAGGCAUCUUCAUCCCAGCAUUGACUAUUGGGGCGUCAUACGGCCGUCUGAUGGGUUUAUUAAUGCUGCGUUUACGUUCUUUGUUUGCGGUUACUUCUGUUCCUUCUAUUGCAUAUCCUGUUACUUCUGCUGCUACUGCUGCUGCUGCUGCUGCUGCUGCUGGUGCUGGUGGAGCAUCUGCUGCUACAGCAGCAGCAAGCCCUGGGGCGUAUGCAUUAAAGCAGCAGCAGCAGCAGCAGCAGCAGGAAGGCAAGGUCUGCUUCGAUGGGCUGACUGCUGCUGAAGCGAUGACCCGCGACCUGCAGCUUCUCUCCAUAGACGAAACCCCCACCCUAGCCGGCCUCAAGGCCUUAGCAGACAACUGCGCCUUUCAUGGGUUUCCGGUGGUUCUCUCGCGCAGCAGCAGACGUCUCUGUGGCUACAUGCAUGCAUGGCAGCUGCGGUCGCUGCUGCAGCAGCUGCUGCAGCUGCAGCAUCCUCUAGUCCAUGCCCACACGCUUGUCUCCUUUCAUGCCUUCCGCUCGUCAGCAGCUGCUGUUGCAACACAACAGCAACAGCUGCAGCAGCAACAGCAGCAGCAACGAGAGGGGGCUGUUAGGUCUGCAGUCUGUCUCCUUGUUCUUGAUGGAGAAGGGAAUCUUCUACAGUCUCUCCCGCUGCUGCAUGUGGCAGCAGACGGGCGUCUGCGCAUCUCAGCAGCAGCAGCAACACCAUCGGCAACAGCAGCAGCAGCAACAGCAACUGCAGCAAAGGGGAGGGGAUCAUCUGCUGCAGGCAGCAGCAGCUCGUACGCUGGGGCUUCUUCAGUGGAACUGCAGCGGCUGACGGGCGUCUCCCAUCCAACAGAGCUCGCCACGACAGCAGCAGAAGCAGAUGCAGCAGAAGACGUAGCAGCAGCAGCAGCUGCAGCAGCAAGGCAAGGUACUGCUGCUGGUGUUCAGGUGUACGUUGACCUCUCGUUGCUUGUUGAUGAGGAGGUGCUGCAGCUGCCACCCCACACUCCUCUCUUGCAGGUCUAUCGGCUUUUCGGUCUGCUGCAGUGCGAGUAA